CUCUGUGCAUUGUUGUGGGAACAGAAAGCGAGUUGAGAUUGAUAUACGGGGGCCGGAGACUAGUUGCGCAUAUCAUCAUCAGAACAGCUGCAGAGCAGACAGCAGCAGCAGCAGUAGGCUAAUCAACGAAGUCCUGAACGCAUCCUUCCAGACAUGGGUUGCUAUGACUGCUGUAUGCGCUGUUUGGGUGGGGUGCCAUACUGCUCCCUCGUCGCCACACUGCUGUGUUUCUCUGGCAUUGCCCUCUUCUGCGGCUGUGGUCACCAGGCACUCACAGAGACGGAGAGACUCAUCGAGACGUACUUCGCCCGUAACCUUCAGGACUACAUCACCCUUGCAUUCAUCAUUCAGUAUUUCCAGUAUUUCAUCUAUGGUUUGGCCACCUUUUUCUUCGUCUACUGCAUCGUGCUGUUGGCUGAGGGCUUCUACACCACGAGCGCUGCCAAGCAAACCUUUGGAGAGUUCAGGAGCACCAUGUGCGGCCGCUGCCUCAGCUCCUCGUUUAUAGUGAUGACAUAUGUGUUAGCUGUGCUGUGGCUGUUGGUGUUCGCCUUCUCAGCCCUGCCUGUCUACUUCUUCUACAACAUGGACGCCACCUGCCACACUAUUGAUGUUCUGACUGAGACCCCAGCAAGUAUCAACCAGCUCUGUGUGGAUGCAAGGCAAUACGGUCUCCUGCCAUGGAAUGCAGUGCCAGGGAAAGCUUGUGGUAUAACCCUAUCCGGUGUUUGUAAGACCAGAGAGUACCGGAUGACUUAUGACCUCUACAUUGCUGCCUUUGCUGGUGCGGGCAUCACUCUCCUGGCUCUGCUCACCUACACUGUGUCAACCACCUAUAACUUUGCUGUUCUGCGGUAUCUGGGGAGAAAGGGUAUAAGUGCACGGUGUUAGGCUCACCUGCUUCCUGUCUGAUCUGUCACUCCUCCACCAACAACAUGGGGAUCUAAAUGGACUCCAACAAUUCUUUCCACAUCAUCAGCACAGAGCCACGUGUUGUCACAGACUCUUAAAAAUGUUGUCUUUUAUAUUUUUACUUUUCUUGUUGAGAACUGAUAUAUUAUUUUACUGUUUUAACUGUAUUAUAUGUAUCUGAGGUUUGAACCAAAACCCUUUAUUGUCAAAGCCUUAUGACCAAAAUCUGAGAGUUAUUGCUCUUUAUUUGCUCACAUUAGUCAAAAACACCUUCUGCUUUAUGUAACGUUAAAAAUCCAAAUAACACACCACUAAUACAUUAACAUUUGUAAGAAAUAACCACUCUGCAACACUCACAGCUGUAAUGCAGCUGUUACAGGGAAUAGGGAUUAUACGUUACCAUGGCCGCCAUCCCUCACAUCUGGUUGCCAUGGUGGCAGACAAGCAUGCAUUUGCAGUCUCAUGCUGACCUCAGGACUUUUCUCACGGGCUUGAGAAAAGUCACAACAAUGGAGUCAGGCCUGUUUUUGAAAAGCUAGCCAAUAGGGAGCCAGUUGUGGGGGCCACCUGCACUACGAGUCUCUGCCAAGGGUUAUAUUACAUGUCAAAGGAGAGGGUCCUCAGGACAAAGAGGGGGUUAGACCCAAAGCCUCAAUGCAGCUCUUCUGAGACCGCAACCACACACAACAUCAGCCACACAACACCACCCCUGCUGCUGCAUGACCCCCUCCUCCCUCCUAAUAUGGAAAUGAUGGAUUCAGUGUGAGGAUACUGAAGGAGUUUUAAAGGAUUUUUCAAAGUGUCUUCCCAAAAAAAGAGACAUAUUAGGGAAGUUCUGAUCUAAAAUAGGUCUGAAAUUGUUUCUCAUAAUUUUGAGAUAGCUAAAGCACUAGGUGCUAACUUAUCGAGUUGCCUCAUUAUUAAGCCAAAAACACAUGAAGGUGUGAGUCUCCCCUGCUGUUAAUGCAUGGCUGAGGUACUUUUUUUUUUUUAGAGACGGCUUUGUUUUGUCUCUAAUUCUUUAGGAAUUCUGUUGUAGUUAUUGUAUAACAACUCCCUUUAUUUAGCUGAAAUUACUACUAUUUUUACACUUUGUGUAUUACUUAGAUUUUAAUUAGAUUUUUCUAUUUGGUGGAAGCUUUAUGGAGCUGUGAGAGGUAGUUUUGGCUGUUUGAUGAUUAUUUUUUGUGUUGGUGAAGUUUGAUAAUAAAAAGAAUAUUCUUU